AUGGAGCGACAUCGCGCGGCGUCUGGCAAUGAUCUUCUCGACGCCGCGCUCGUGCUCGAGCGCGCGUCCACGUCGAGCGCGCGCGAUGGUGAGGCGCUGCGUCGAGCGGCGUUCGCGCUGGCGACGAUCGGAUCGAGGGUGACGGGCGAGGCGGGGGGACGGGAGACGAAUGCGCGGGCGCUGCGAAUCUGCGCCGAGACGUUGGUUCGCGCGCGCUCGUCGCGGUUCGCGCGCGAUCGAGACGUGACGCUCGCGUCGUGGGCGUGCGUGGUGUACGUCUACCGCGCGCUCGGCGUGCGGGCGAAUCGGAGCGAUGGUGAGGGAUUGGAGCUGUGCGCGAAGGCGUGUACGCUCGCGCUCGACGUCGACGACGCGGGGGACGACGGAUUGAGGUGGGAGAUCGCGGCGUUCGCGCUCGGUGGGUUGGCGAGAGCGAUGGGAGGCGCAGACGGUGUGGCCGCGGAAAAGCUGGAGAAGACGGCGGAUGGGGGACGGAUGUUGGGCGCGGCGCUCGCGCGGUGGACCGCGCUUAGAUCGACGAUGAGAGAGGCCGAGAGCAGCAGAGAGUUGAAAGCGGCCGAUCUCGCGCGUUUGUGCGCCAUAGUGAGCAAAUCGCCAGACGGUGCGGCGGCGAUGGGCUUUUGCGAUUGCGGCGGCGUCCAGGCGCUGCUCGCGUUGAUCGACGUAGGCGACGAGGAAUCGAGCGACGGGCGCGAAAAGCUCACGAGCGCGGCUAUUUUCGAUGUGGCGAAAGCGCUGGCGGGAUUCUGUUCCGCGUCAUCAAAGAGUGGUGCGAGAUUCGACGCGAUAUGGGUACGAAACGAGCUGAGCGCGAUUCUCGCCUCGGCGUCGGGGAAGAUUUCCGAUCCUCUGCCCGCCGUGGCGGCGACGCUGCUUCGACAGGCGGUGUCGUCGCUUGAGAAGCGCCAAUCGUCUGGUUCUUCGGCGCGACAACUAACGACCGCGCUCGAGCGAGAGGCUUCGGGAUACUUAAAUAUAGGGGAUUGUCGCCCCGCGCUCGGCGACGUCGGCACCACGAACGGCGUCGGUGUGUCCAAAUCGUUUGGCUCUCGAAUCGAACUCGUGAGAUCCCUCUCAUCGAGCGAUUUAUCCCCCGUCAAGGCUGCCUCCUCCUUCGGCGGCUCAGCAGAUUCAUUGUCCACCCCCCUCACUCGCAAGCGCUCGAGCUCGGGUUUACUUCACUCCAAAUCCGGAAAGUCACCCACCAAGGCGCGAGCCACGCGUGCCAGACGCUCUCGUCUCCGUCUCCUCAUCGCCCUCUCCAUCGUCACCGCCGUCUGCGUUCUCCUCUUCAUCCGUCACGGUCGUCGGCCUUUAUUCUAG